CUCAGAUCGAGGUUGCUCGCGUUCUGAACGCCGAGCCGCAUUCCAGUCGCGCCACGGAACGGGAUAUUUUGGCGAGUUUGGGAAUUUAACUAUGACUAGGACAUGCCAUCCAAGGAUCAUUCGAACGUGAGCCCCGGACGAGGAAUUGAGGUGGAUGCUGAAGUGGAUGACUGUUUUGAGAAGGCAAGGAAGCGUUGAAUCAAAAAAGCCUGUGCUGCCUCCCUUCCUUGUUUGUUGAGUUUGUUUAAAAGUCCCCUAUUGAAGACAUAGCGUGGGCCACCAUAUCCUUCACUUGUGAGGGCCAGCGCAGAUAUGUGGCCUCAGCAGGGGCCGCAAUGCUUUAUUAGCCCAAGGACUGUGGUGCUCCUUGGGCUUCUGACUGUCUGCAUAUCCCCUCACCUUUCUGAAGGAUCCCCAGAGCCAUUUAGGUCCUUCUUGCCUUCUGACUGGGGUCUAACGCAUUUAGCCAUCCAUAACAAGACGGGGGAUGUGUAUGUUGGCGCGGUAAACUGGAUCUACAAGCUUUCUAGCAACUUGACCAAGUUGAGGAGUCAUAUGACGGGUCCUGUAGUGGACAACGAGAAAUGCUAUCCACCUCCAGGUGUACAGUUAUGCCCCCAUGACCUUGCCCCAAAUAGUAAUGUGAACAAGCUGCUGCUAAUAGACUAUGCUCAAAACCGACUAAUUGCUUGUGGAAGCACCUCGCAAGGCAUCUGUCAGUUUCUGCGCCUGGAUGACCUUUUCAAGCUUGGUGAGCCACACCACCGUAAGGAACACUACCUCUCCAGCGUCGGCGAGUCGGGAACCAUGUCUGGGGUCAUCAUCUCUGAGGGUCAUAUCAGCAAGCUUUUCAUUGGAACCCCCAUCGAUGGAAAAUCAGAGUACUUCCCAACUCUUUCGAGCCGUAAGUUGAUGGCCAAUGAGGAGGAUGCUGACAUGUUCAGCUUUGUCCACCAGGACGAGUUUGUCUCCUCCCAGCUGAAGAUCCCCUCGGAUACGCUGUCCAAGUUCCCGACGUUCGACAUCUACUACAUAUACAGCUUUAGCAGUGAACAGUUUGUCUACUACUUGACCUUGCAACUGGAUACCCAACUUACUUCUCCUGAUGCCAGUGGGGAACAGUUUUUCACCUCGAAGAUCGUCCGACUUUGUAUCGAUGAUCCCAGGUUCUACUCCUACGUAGAGUUCCCAAUCGGAUGCACCAAAGAUGGCGUAGAGUAUCGACUGAUCCAGGAUGCCUACUUGGCCAAACCUGGAAGGCAUCUUGCAAACUCCUUGGGAGUGUCCGAGCAAGAGGACAUAUUGUUUACAGUUUUCUCCCAAGGUCAGAAGAACCGGGCCAAACCCCCAAAAGAGUCGGCGCUCUGCCUGUUCACGCUGACGAGAAUAAAGGAGAAGAUCAAGGAAAGGAUUCAGUCGUGCUAUAGAGGAGAGGGCAGGCUGUCUUUGCCCUGGCUGCUCAACAAGGAGCUACCGUGCAUCAACUCGCCUCUCCAGAUCGACGAUAACUUCUGUGGGCAGGAUUUUAACCAGCCUCUAGGGGGCACCAGCACUAUCGAGGGCAUUCCGCUCUUCAUAGACAAAGAUGACGGAAUGACUUCGGUAGCUGCUUACGAUUACCGCGGAAACACGGUGGUUUUCGCAGGAACACGCAACGGCCGAAUGAAGAAGAUUCUGGUUAAUUCGGUGAGUCCGUCCCGGGCGGCGCUGCUGUACGAGAGCGUCCCGGUGAGCGAGGGCAGUCCGGUGCUGCGGGACACACUGUUCAGCCCAGACCUGCAGUUCAUCUACACACUCACCGACAGACAGGUGAGCACACGGACCUCACACGCUUCACAGCGCUCAGGAGGACUUCAGGGUUCCUGUCAAUCAAACGCUGAUCUCCGUGGUAACUGUCAGAUGGCGCAGCCGUCUCUUGAUUUGGCCGCAGAUGUGCUGUAUGACUGCAGUGUUUCUCAGAUUGAACUGCGGCUGGUGUGUCCUUCACAACAUUGGGGUCGUCCUGGUGGUCCAGGUACCGAGGAGCAGGAAGCUGAGGGCAACAGUAUGAUUAGCCAGACUGUUGCCAUGGCAAUUGCAGGGACCUCUGUGCCACAGAUGUCACGGCCUAGUAGUUUUCUGCUCAAUCCACAGACACGCAGCAAUAUGGAGCAGCAGAUGUCGUGUAGAGUGUAUUUUAAAAACAAGCAGAUGAAUUAUGGGGACGUGGGCCAAGCGUUUUCACUUUGUCUGUUUUCUCCAUCGGUCUGCCAGCUGGUCCUGCAGGCCCGCAACGUCCCGGAUCUUUCCGCAGGGGUGGACUGUUCCUUCGAGGAUUACACCGAGACUGAAGGAACAAUACACGGAUCGCAGAUCUACUGCCUCUCGCCGUCAGCCAAAGAGCUCGUCCCCAUCACACGCCAGCAGAGAGACACUCAUGUGGUGAAGCUGUAUCUGAAAUCGAGGGAAACGGGGCAGAAAUUUGCUAGUGUGGAUUUCACCUUCUACAACUGCAGCAUCCACAGAUCGUGCUUGUCCUGUGUGAACGGCUCGUUCCCGUGUCACUGGUGUAAAUACAGACACUUGUGCACACAGAACGCCAACGACUGCUCCUUCCAGGAGGGACGCGUGAACAUGUCAGAG